UUCGUACUCGAACAAACCGCAUCGUACGACAGAUGCGAGUAACGAACAGAUGCGAGUAACGAAAUGAAUUUGUGAGUACCGAAUCGGUACUUCGAGUCAACCGAUGUACCCGUUACUCAGUAACGAAUACAUGUGGUUUGCUCCAGCUCUAGCCAAUAGAACAAAUAGCAGUUCGGAAUUUUACCGCGAAGUGGAGCGAACGGUUUUGUUCACUGCCUUCUUGAGUUUUGUAAUAGUUUGUAUUUGUUACGAAGAUGGCUGGAGGUAAAGCUGGUAAAGAUUCGGGAAAGUCCAAGGCUAAAGCUAUUUCUCGUUCUGCUAGAGCUGGACUUCAGUUCCCUGUGGGUCGUAUACACAGACAUUUAAAGCAUCGUACUACAAGCCAUGGUCGAGUUGGUGCUACUGCAGCUGUGUAUAGUGCUGCUAUUCUUGAAUAUCUAACAGCUGAAUUUUUUACAGAAGCAGCACCUCUGCUUUUGCAUUUCUCUGUUAUUGAUGUCUGAAAGGUGCUUCUCCUAAUUUAUGGCUUUCAAAAGAGCUCGUAAUGGAAAGGAUGACAUCACUUCUAUAUUACAUCAUGGCUGCUGGAUAUACAUGGUUUCAAGCGACCGGCACCACAUAUACAAGAUUGGAGAAAGCAUAUGCUCUGAGCAGUAAAUUUGCAUAGUUGCUUAGUUUUAAUAAUGUUGUAUGGACUAAGUGUAAUAGUUAUUAAUUUUGGCAUAUAAUAUAAAAGAAAAUUAUAUUAAUAAAUUUGACAAAUAUAACUUUACAUUUCAGUAGUUGUAUUUGGUGCUUUUAGCGAAAUACUUAUGAAAAAAAUUAAAAGUAUAGUAUGCAAAAGAAAGACAAUUUUUUAUGGAAUUAACUUAUAGGUGUAAAACAUUGAAUAUUAAUUAUAGCUUGACAGUGCUGACAGAUGGAAGGAGAAAAUUAGCAAUUCAUUGGGAUAUAUUACCUAUUACUCUUGCAGUACUUUGAAGCUUUUCAGUUUUGUCAUUUAGUUUAAGCACCACUGCUCUCCUAAUUUGUAUACAUAUCCAGUUAGAUUUAAAUCUGAAGACUGAAUCACUGUAUUGUUUUCUGUAGUUUUUUAGCAAGGUCCUAAUGAAUUUGCUUAUAUGAUCUGAGUUGAUAUGAGAGUGCAGAAUGCAUUAACAUCGAAGAUUUGAAUGUGCAGUGUCUCUGUAUUUUCAUCUAUAUGAUCCUUGUUUCUAUCAGAAGAGUAAUUCAUGUGCAGAGAAACAUUGCCAUAUCACAUAUUUCUAGAUGAAAUCAAGUAUUUUAUAUUACGUAGUGUGUCUGAAAAUUUCUAGACUCAUUAAGAAAAGAUUUUAUCUUUUAGAUACUUUUAUAGAAGCUGAUUUUUCAAUUUUGCUCUUUUCAUUUUAGAGAAUAGAAAAUAGUAACAAAAAUGCCAAAUAUGGUGAAUAGGAAAAUGAUUAGUAAAAGUUAAACGCGGGAGCAGAAGCUUGAUGAUAAUUUCAUCAAAGAGGCAAUAAAUAUCCAUAACCUUAUUGUGUCUUUUCUGGCUUAAUGUGACCCUUCAGAGGUAGGAUCUAUAACUUCAGACUAUAAAGCAGGGAUUGUCAAACUAUGCCUAAAAUCAUAGAUUUAUAUUUACAUUCUUUUAAAUGCAGUAAAGCAAUUUUUUAACAGAAAAGAAAGUUUGAAAUAAAUUAAUGAGAAUUUAGUAUUUUAUGUAUAAUAAAUGUGAUUACAUAUGAAUAAAUAAUUCUUGUUUCUGCUGAUGUAUUAUGUUCCUAUGAUAUACAAAUAUGAAAUUAUUGUAUGAUGUAAGUAAGCACUUUAAUCUUAUUUUAUCUUUUUUUAUCAUUGAGUUAUCAGUUAUUCUUUGUUUUUUCUAAAGAUAGGACCAGUGGAUAUUCAAAACAUUUGAAAUCCCAAAAUUCAAUUUUUUUAAAAUCUUUUAAAUACUAAGAACAUUAUAUAACUCAAAAUGCUGGGAGUAUUAGUUUUAUUGACCCUUAGUAGAAGUGUUCAUCCAUUAAAAAAACUAAAUUAUUGUUGCAAUUACUAAUGAGUCC